AGCGCGCUCAACUCAGCCCCGCGAAGGAUGGACACGAGCUGAUGUCUGUGGAGCUGCAGACUGUGUCCGGGAGAGCGUCUCUUGUGCGAGGAGAGGAUAAACGGAGAGGUGAAUAGUCUCUGCUGUUGGAUUUAUUGUAACCUGUCAAAAUGGGACGGACUUUAGUGACGUUUUGUCUGAUUGUGGGUGCUCUAAGCAGGACACAAAGUGCUUCUGAUCUCUGCCGAGGCCCGCACUGUUUCCCGGCUCAGGACUGGAGCAGAUCUUGCGUGGGGACGCACUGUCAAGGGCGCGUGGAGACGAGACGUCAGAUCCAAAAUUCAGCCCAAAGCAGACAUGGGCCAGUAUACCCCGUGCCCGGGGGGUACCAACAGGACUACAAUCAGCCGUACGCCCUGCAUCAGUCUCCAGCGGGCUACGAUGGUACGAGGAGGACCAACCCCAGGACCAUCACGGCAGAGGUGUUCCAUCCCGGCUGCACGGGGGGCGUCUGUCCCACCAGCGUGUCGCAGCGGUCCACAGGGGAGGACAGCGCACGAGAGUGCAAAGGAAUUGGAUGUAAGCUUCCUCACCUCAUGCGCCAAAAGCCCAAGGUGUGCGUCGGGGAAGGCUGCAGUGCGCACGAAGAACUAUCUCCUGUGCGCGUGACUGACAGAGCUGCACAGUUUCUGGAGGAGUUUCCAGACUUUGGAGCGGAGCGAGGCGCGUGGAUACAACUCAACUGUGACAUGAAGCCAACGUCAGGUGGCAAUGAGGUCCCCUCUGAGGACGCGCUUGUGCUGCAGCUGCAGCUGAGUAAGGGCCAAGAGAAGCUGGUUGAGGCCCUCAGGGGCCAACAGGACGAGGUGCGAGAGCUGCAGAGGCACCUCACUGAGCAGCAGGGGGCGCUUCUCAACCAGCAAAGAGAAAUUCUGGAGCAACAGAGGAGAAUGUUUGAGCAAAUGGAGCAAGUUAAAGCCCAGUACAACUUACUGAUCGACAGCAUCAAGCAUACAUCGCUGCAGAACUUCCAAGGAGAUCUGAACAAUCCCAUGGAGACGAUGGGGGUACAGUUCAGGGCUCACCAGGCUCAACAGGCUCUGUCCCUGCACAAAGUGGAUAUGGAUGCUAAUGUCAUGGAGGUGAGCCAGCCCCUGUUGGCCUGUGGCAGCUGUGGCCCAGACGAGUACUGCUCCUUCAGUAAUGGACGGCCUCACUGUGAGAGGUGCACUGUGUGUCCCCCCGGCUUCUUCCUUGUCGCCCAGUGCUCAGUUCAUGCGGACAGGAUCUGUCAGGACAGAGAUGAGUGUCUUGAAAUUACAGAUAUUUGUGGUGACACUCAUAAAUGCCUCAACACUCCAGGUGGGUUCAGGUGCCAGGGCAUGUUGGAGAGAGAUGCUGACUCGGGGAUGUGUACUCAUGGUUACUUCUUUAACGCGGACAUGGACGAGUGUCAGGCAUGUAGCGAGUGUGACGGAGAGCCCAUUGCUGCUCCCUGCAGCUUCACCACGGACACUGUUUGCUCUGGUCUUCUUUCUGGAGCCUCAGCUCUGUCUCUAGCCUGGGCUGGGGACAUCAGCCUAUCUUCUGAGAAGGGCCACAUCCUCACUCACGUCCCCAGUCUACAGCUGCAGAUCCAGGGGCGCAGUGAGGCGGGACUCCUGUCUGCAGAGGCGGGGCAUCUGAUCUUUAGGCAGCACGGCCUGGUGUGGCUGGACCAGAACCUUCCUGUGAGCCAUGGCUGUCGGAGCUUCAUCCAGGUGUGUCUGAGGAUGAACAGCAGUGAUGGAGCUGAAAGCAGUGACCUGAGCGGCAUCAGAGUGGAGCAAAGAGAGGGCCGCUCCCUUCAAAGUGUCAGCAUCAGUGGGGUGGCUGAGGUUGCUCCUGGUCACAUGAUUUCCCUCUUUCUCCGGAGCGCCAGUCACCACUGUAACCAGAGCAGUGAUGGCCUGCAGCUGUACAACCCAUCGGCUGCAUCCUUCAGCCUGCUGUGGCUGUCCCAUGACACUGGGGCAGUGGCCAUGUCAGCACAGGCAGUGGUCUCCACUCAUUACCAUACAAACUAUCGACCCGUGUUCAGAGUGAGCACUACAUCAGACCCUUAUGUGGUGGGCCUGACUCAUGAUGGCAGAGGGGUGCGGUUUGCAGAGAGUGGCACAGUGCGCUUUGUGUUCCAGCAGGCACUGUACUCUAUGGGACAAGCCUGCGUGAGUGAGGGCUUCCAGGUGUUAGCAUACCUCAGUCAGAAUGGAACAGGUGUGGAGCUGUGCCGAAGCUUCAAGCCCGGAGUCCACUACAGGGACACCUCCUUAUCUGUGUCGGGGGCUGCUAAGGUCGGCCCUGGGGACACUCUUGCAUUUGAGAUCCUGUCUCCUGCGCAGUGCAAUGUGCGCUUCUUUGGUGAUGAGACCAGCAUCAGUAAGUUGAGCCUGGUGUGGAUCCCUGCAGCCAUCUCCUCCUCUCUGUUUGCAGCAGUGACCCACACGGGGCUUCCCUCUGGAGCUGUGCGAAAUAAGCCUUUAUUCUUCCACCAGACCAGCCCCCGAGUGCCCCAGAUCGGGAUGGUCUCUAAGGGAACAACCGAACAGAAAAGAGACAUAGUCUUCAAAGAGAGCGGCACUGCCAGUAUAGCACUGGACCUCAAACUCAUUCACUCAUGCAACCUGAUCAAGGUGACUCUCCUGAGGCGAAGCGAUCCAGAGGGGGGCCAGGGCAGCAAAGAGGCAGAAGGGGUGCGUCCUGUGCCCCUGGCCCAGCAGGUUGGGGGCCAGAUGCCAGAGGGCAGCCAGUGGGCCAGUGUGAGCCUAAGGUCAUCUUUCCGAGUUCAUAACGGAACAUCUGUGUACUUCACUCUGGACUGUGUGCGCGGGCGGGUCAACCAGAUCAGCCAUCACACAGGCAGUGCCGUGUCUGUCCUCUGGGUAGCAGAGUAGCAAACCAAACCUUUGACUUUUAAGCUCAGAGCAUUUUUGUUUUUUAAUAUUGAUCAACUUUUUUGGGUGGAUUGACGUCUCUUUAUACUCCUUACUUGUUUGGUCUGUUACAAAGGACUAUUUUCUUCACAAUCUUAACUUGUGCUUGAACAUGGCAUUGACUCAUUAUGUGGUUGUCCGUCUUACUCAGUCUGUUUUGUGUGUGUGUAAAUAAUUCCCAUAUUCGUGUGGUGCCUUCAGUUACUGGAAAUGGUUUGAUUCAGUCCUGUUUAGGGCCAUAUGUUUCAUGUUAACCACCAUUCUCGCUGCAUGCCUUGUUUAUUGACCAUUUUUUAUGUUUAGUGUUCAAAAUUAUGGUUCCUUUGAAGUAUGUCAUAAAAUGUAUAUUGGUUGUUUAUAC